GGGCUCAACGGACGUGUGGAAUCAAAGCUGCGCACCUGGUGGCGCUCUCACCUGAAAGCUGUUUUUUCUGGCUCGACACCAAGAAAGCCCCGUGUUCGAGAGUCAAGCGACACUGAACGCAACACACCCGGAAAUACCUGCUCACGGUCUCCGGUGUGUCGUUGGCGCGGGACGUGAACUCCACAGGAUGGAAACCCAGAGUCAGGUCGUGGCCCGGCUGCGGUCGGCGUUUGGUUCCGGCGUCACGAUCCCGGUGGCGUUUCGCUUGAAUCAGCUGUCAGAGCUCAUGUCCAUGAUCACCGACAACGAGGAGCAGAUUCUAGUUGCUCUGCACAAAGACCUCGGAAAGCCGAAGUUUGAGGCCAUCAUGUCCGAGGUUGACAUCGUGGUCAACGAGCUGCACCACGCCAUCGCUAACCUGAGCAGCUGGAUCCAGCCGGACUACGUCUCCAAAAACCUGGCCACGAAGCUGGACGACUGCUUUGUGCGCCGGGAGGCGCUGGGCGUGGUGCUGAUCAUCGGGCCGUGGAACUACCCCCUGCACCUCCUCCUGCUGCCCCUGGUCUCAGCCAUCGCUGCAGGAAAUUGUGCCGCCAUCAAGCCGUCGGAGGUCAGCGCCCACACAGACCAGCUGAUGGCUGAGCUCAUCCCUAAAUAUUUGUCUCAGGACUGCUACACGGUUGUUCGUGGUGGAGCCGAGGAGACCACGACACUUCUGCUCAACCGCUUUGACCACAUCUUCUACACGGGUUCUCAGACGGUGGCGCGCAUCAUCCUGCAGGCCGCCGCAGUCCACUUGACCCCGGUGACCUUGGAGCUGGGCGGCAAGUGUCCGUGCUUCAUCUACGGCCGGGUGAACAUCGCGGCCGCCGCCCGCCGCCUGGCGUGGUCCAAGUUCUUCAACGCCGGCCAGAGCUGCGUGGCGCCGGACUACGUGCUGUGCUCGCCCGCCACCAGGGACGCCCUGCUGCCCGAGCUGCGCCAGACCCUGGAGGAGUUCUACAGCCGGGACCCCCAGACCAGCCCCGACCUGUCCCGCAUCGUGUCGGCCCGGCACUGGACCCGCCUGAUGGCGCUGCUCAAGAGGUCCGCUGGCGAGGUCGUGUUGGGAGGAGAGAGCGACCAGCAGGACAAGUACAUCGCUCCCACAGUGUUGGUGGGCGUUGCCGAGGACGACGCUCUGAUGGCGGAGGAGAUCUUCGGCCCCAUCCUGCCCAUCAUCACCGUGGAGUCUCUGGAGGACGGCAUCGCCUUCAUCAACCGCCAGGAGAAGCCGCUGGCGCUCUACGUCUUCUCCGACGAGGCCGCCGUGGUGAACACGGUUCUGGAGAAGACCAGCAGUGGAGGGUUCUGCUCCAACGACGGCAUCAUCCACAUGUGCCUGCCCACCCUGCCCUUCGGAGGUGUAGGUGCCAGCGGGUUCGGCAGCUACCACGGCCGCUGGGGCUUCGAGACGUUCAGCCACCGGCGCGCCGUCAUGCUGCGCGGCUGGACGCUGGAGCGGCUCAACGGGCUGCGCUACCCGCCGUACCGCGAGGACAAGCUGAGCUGGCUGCGCUGGACCAUGUCGGCCAAGAGCAGCUGCUCCAUCAUGUGACCACGGAGCAGCUGCUGCAUCAUGUGACCACGGAGCAGCCGCUCCGUCGUGUGACCACGGAGCAGCGGCUCCAUCAUGUGACGACGCGUGUGGAUGGAAUUGUCCGGGGGAAUUGGGAUCAAUCGCGCUUUAUUUAGUUGUAUAUGUUACACACAGCUUUCAGAUUAUGUACAACUCUGUAUUUUAAUUAGGGAUGGGUAUCGUUUGGGUUUUUUCCGAUAACGGUGCCUGAACCGAUACUUUUUUUUAAAAACGCACAAUGACAUUAAAAACCUCUUUGGCCAUAUUCCCUGUAGAAGCCGUUAUCAUGGAGCACCGACACACAACGGAUAUCAGACUGUUAACAUACACAAUACAUGUUCGCCAUUAUAUGAUGUAUAUAUAGUCAUGUGCAGACUUUAUAGGGUUAAUCCUGUCACUGUUUUGAUGGGCAGAGAACAACCAAUCAGAGGGACUGAAGAUGACACGUGACACAUAUAGUUUUGCUUCUGACAGCCAGUUACACUGAAACAAAGUGACGUCCCACGGUCUUUAUUCCUCCGUCAUUAUAUUCCCGGUAACACCGGGUAUACAGCCGGGACCGCUGGACAUCAACACAUCUGCUAGCAGACUGUCACGCUCGUAGCUCGUGUUAGCUACGAGCUAGCGCUAGCUUAAGCAUGGUUAUAAUGGCUAAUUUAUUAUUUCUUGGCCUACUUCUAUGAAUGCAAGACUUGCAAUCAACGUUCCGGUACUAAUCUGUGUUCCGGCUGCUCGUCAUCAUCGGUCUCCCCGUCGCGUCCAGCCUGACGCUGGUGUGCUCCACACGGCGCAGCCUCCGCUGUCAGUUAAAUAUGAGAGGCUCGUAACCUGCUGACAGGCGGAGUCACCACAGAAGUUCACAAUAGUUCUUUUCAAUGUCAAUCGGCUCAGGCACCGGAAAGAAGCACCGAAAUGUGCGUUGCGUUUCGGUCCGGGUAAUACCGGUUGUAUUGGCACCGAUUUCCGGUAUCCAACCCUAAUUUUUAUGCAAUAAUUAUAUUGAUAAAGCCGUCUCGACUCCACGGCCCGCCUGCCUUCAUCGACAGCGUUAUUGUUUUUAAUAACCUCACUCCAUCGUUUUUGUUCAUUUGCUUUCACCGUCUGCAGAUAUUUACGUGUGUGUUGUGAAAUGCUGUAAAUACAUUAUAUUGUCAAUC